CGUUUGGCUUGUAACUUGCUGCCGGUGUAUACCGAUAUCUCUCUCGAUUUAUUUUUAUUCUUUACAAUAGAAUUAAAUUAUAUAUGAAAUACUCAUUAACUUACCAAAUUUCGUGCUGGGGGAUAUCAUACUAUUUUUAUAAAGGUUUACAAGGGAUGUAAUCUAUAUAUCCUUAUCAAGAAGGUUCUAACAACCAAAUGCUUAAAUGGCUGUCUCUGAACAGGCUACAAAAACUUCGCGUCAGCAAUUAUAUCAUAGUUAUACUGUGUCUCAUCGCUAUCAUCCAGUUGUUUGCUUACUAUGGUUACUAUGAAUACGAUUAUAUUCCCAAAGAAGACAUAGAUAAGUAUCUCUACAAGCAUGUGAACCCAAAUUUAGUGAGGAAGUCAAAAUUAGAUUGUGAUUAUGCUAGUAUAUAUGAGAAGGUGUUUCCAGACAACUGGGAUGUGGGGAAGCAAGUCAAUGAGUUCACACCCAGUGGCAUUGCAAAUGGGAGCUUUGUGCCGGAGGAAUGCCACCCCUUGUUCAGUGUUGCUAUUCUAGUUACUUAUAGAAAUAGACAGAGCCAGCUGGAUGUAUUCAUCCCUUUUAUACACAAUUUUUUGAAGAAACAGAAAAUUCAUUACAAAGUGUAUAUAAUUGAACAGCAAGACGAUAAACCAUUCAACAAGGGUCUCCUAUACAACAUUGGAGCUAAACAGGCAAUCGCAGACAAAUUUCCCUGCCUCAUUCACCAUGAUGUAGACCUGUUGCCCCUGAAUGCAGCAAAUCUGUAUGUUUGUCUGCAACAACCUCGACACAUGAGUGCAAUUAUUGAUAAGUUUCGAUUUGUUCUGCCGUACAAGACUUUAGUUGGAGGUGUGCUGGCAAUACGAUCAGAUCAAUAUGUGGAAUUGAAUGGAUUUUCUAAUAAGUUUAAGGGCUGGGGAGGAGAGGAUGAUGAAUUUGCUGCUAGGAUUAAGAAACACAAUUAUGAUAUCCUGAGAUUCCCGCCAGACAUAUCUCGCUACACAAUGUUAGUGCACAAGCAAGAGCCCAAGAACAUAGACAGGCACCACAUAAUGGCGCACACCAAGCCGGCCCGCGACGGCUUCGCUUCGCCCGCCAACCACCUAGCUUCGCUGCACACGCAUCCGCUUUUUACGCGCAUCACCGUGAAGACUUGACUGUUACUUAAGUGAAACACUGCACAAUGAGCGGUUUCCGAUUCCUCACGGUUUUUGGGAAAGUAAACCUUGUUUAUUUUGUUAUAUCAGACACUCUUAAAAAUAACAAAGAAACAGUGUGAAUCUCGUGUAAUACUGUGCCGGAUAAUUUAAUGUUGGUCUUAGCCAAUCUAAAGACUUUCUAGUUCUUAGGGUCACCCAUAACCUUUGUGUUGCACUUAUCCUAACUAAGGUGCAACAAUAUUGAUAAAAGUGCAAACUAUAACCUGUUAUGGUGAAAAUGUUUUGAUCUGUUGGUGGUUAAUUUUUUUAUUUCUCUUUAUUUUUUUUAUUUUUGGAACCAAAAACCUUAAAUCAAGUGAAAUUAUUUUAAUUUUUUAAAAUAAUUUUUAGAAUCAAAUGUGCUUUUAUAUUGCUCUUGAAUGUAAAUUGUACAUUUUUGAAAUAUUGAUGUGUCUCGCUAAGCUAGUUCAAUCAAUUUGUUUUUUAGCUAAGUUAGGUUAUUAUUUAUUUUAAUUUUAAGAAAAAUAAAGCAAUUUUAAGAUUGUCUUUAGGGGAAUUAAAAUUAGUAAUUUUAAACAGCAGUUGUAAAAAUACUCUUUACUUUAAUAUUGAACCAGCUCACAUAUUUUGAAGGUAAUAAGAUUUUUAUCAAUUCCAGACUUAAGCUUCAUUGUAAUGAUCAUAAGGACCUCAUAUGUGGGUUCAGGCCAUAGUCCACCACACUAGCCAAAAGGGGGUUGGCGGAUGUGACAUGUCGAAAUUUUAAACUUCGACAUGUCGGUUUCCUCACUAUGUUUUCCUUUUCGAGUAGUGGUGACGUAAAAUAUGUGAAGAUAAAUCGUAAAAUCAAUUUAUAUUCGAUUCCAUAAUUUAUAUGAUCUGCCAUGGUGGUCCGUUCUCCAAUGAAAUAAUAGUUGAGCAAGAGUUUUUUUUCGAAAAUGUUUUCUAUAUCAAAUUACACCAUUUUCAAAUAUUUAAUGGUAAUAAUCUCAUAGCUUUCUAGUCUAAAAGCGUAUUUAAGAAAUACUAUUAGAUUUAAGGUUUAGGAGCUAAUUGUUCAAUGCUCAGGUAUAGUGUAAGUACAUAAUGGAAUAGAUUGUUUUCACUUUUUGUUAGUUUAAAGUCAUCCCACCGUUUUAUGAUAUAAUAAAAUUGGCAAAUGAAUCAAAUUGUUUCGUUUGAAUAAACUAAAUGAGUUGGUGACUUUUUUAGACUGUGUAACAUUUCUGAUGUAUUUUUAUCGAAGAUAUCAAGUAACUAUAAUUGUCGCGCGAGUUAUUUUGUAAAAAUAUUUAAUGCACUUAGAUUGCACUUACAUUUUCUCAUGUGUUUAUUUAUUUAUUCUACACCAUUUACAGCCCAUUUACAGUAUACAGUUUUUUAAAUGUUAGUAGUAUUUUUAAGUAAUUUUGUAUGAAGUGUAUGAGAGUUGAAUUAAAUACCUCUACCAGAAAUGGGAAUGUUGUUGUGAUUCAAAAAAAUAUGCAUAUUUUAAUGUGUAUCUUAUUAAUCGAAUGCGAAACAACACUAUAUUAUAACACGCUGUAUUUAACCGACUUUACCAUGAUUAUAUUUAAUGUAUGUCGUUUGAUAUUGUCAAUUCUUGUUUUUCUAUAUGAAUCAGUAAUAGGCGAUGGGUAAAAUCAUACAUAAUCAUAAAUAUGUUAUAUACUCCCCCUUGAGUGAGAAUAAAACGCAUUGUAAACA